CAUCUUCGACAACACCCUGCAUCCACUAUUCCCUCUUGGCGCUCGACCACUUGAUCCAACGGCCGCCUCUUGCCGACAGUUCAAACCUCCACUCUACAACUCAUCAACCUGACCUAUUCUCCUACCGUUCCUGACAUGUUCAGACAGCCACAGGUCACGAUUACUCCCUACCCGACUGCUAUUGAGCACGUCUCGUAUCCUGACGAUAUGUCGACCACCUCCUCAACCUCAUCUAUCGACAUCAACGACCAGGAAGGUUCAAGAGGCGACCCCACGCUCCAACCACGACCCCGUCUUGGAAGCAGGAAAUCGAGCGGUACCAUAAUAAUACCGCGCGAUAGUCCAAAUGUCGAACUCAAAGAAGAAGAAUACGACGAUGGCGACGCUCGUACAAUGAGCCCCAGAAGAAGCAGCGAAGAGAUCCACAAGAUGGGUGAAGAUGCUCGACAGGCGUUAAUAGAACAAGCCAAAGCCUUACAAGCUAGCCUUCUGGAGAUUGUCGAUCGUGUAGAAGUCGUCAAGUCGGAACACGAGAAGCUCGAGGGCGGUAACAAGUUCCUCCAAUCAUACAUUGGCGAGCUCAUGCAGACAAGCAAAAUCACCUCGUCCGGCGCUGGCAAAGGCGCCAAGGGCAAAGGCAAAGGACGAAUUAUCAAAUGAUCGUUGCAGGCGCCCUCUCCACAUUCUGACAGGCUAGAAUCCUCUGCAUCAUCGAGGCGUUUGCCUGGACCAACCCAAUCCACAUUACGAAACCACUCAUGAUGACCUUUCAUCCCGCACAUCAUUCAACCCGGUUUCCUCUCAGCAUACCACCAAAAUCCAUCGCGUUUAUGAGCGUUGCAUAGCGACACGGGGCCGGCAAACUGGCGUUUUUCAUUACAUUUCUUCGGCACAAUGGCUUCUGUCUUACCACAUUCCCACUAAAUUCGGCAACACUUUUGGAUCA